UUUUCGUGCUCGCCGCUCGGGAUCGCCCUCCUCCCUGCCCCCCAACAAAUCUCCUCUCACUCCGCUGUUCGGAAUCUCCCUUCGCCCACCCUCCUCAGCGGAGCCUCCCGGUCUCCCUCGCCACCCUACUUCUCCAACCUCUCGCUCAGCGGCUCAGAAUAUUAUUAUCUUGAAAAAGGAAGAAGUUUGCAUACAUCUCUAUCUCUUUUAAGCACCAAUUGCAUCACAGAGGAAGCAACUUCUGUUUCUUCUGCUUGUGGAGGCUCUUAUAUGUGCACAAGAUUGGCUACGAGCUUCACCACUUUCAAUUUAUUGUGAAGAAAGCAUGGAUGAGCUUCAAUGACUUGAAUCAGGUUUAGGUUGAGAGUUUAUUGCCGAAUACCUGUCAAUAUUAUGAUGAGACACCGAUAAAAAAAGUUGGUUAUUGCUGUUACCUGCUUAGACACUAGAUAGCAGAGGCAUCUGUUUUGAUAGAAGCCCUGAUGUCACUGCCUUCAGAAAAUAAGAUGGAUCCAGUAAAUUCAUUUUUGGGAAGAUUGCUUCUGGAAGAGCUUACUCCUGUUGUCAUGGUCCUGUCAACUCCUCUUGCGGAAGAUGCUUGCCAAAAGAAUGGACUGAACUUUGUUGAGAUGCUUCUCCCAUUCUCUCUGUUUAACAAAAUUGAUGUACCCGUUCGUACUGCGAGUGAUCAACCUUACAGGUUGCAGAUGUUCAAGCUACAACUGGUUUAUGCUUCUGAUAUAUGCCAGCAAAAUUAUGAGGCUGCAGAAGAGCAUUUGAAGAAGGUGGUUUGUGAUGCCAGUGAAAAUGCACUCCCUGAUUUGCUUUCUGAUCCACCACAACUUGAAACCAUACUCAGCAAAUCUGUAUCUCACUUAUGCCCAUCAUGGAUUCAGACCUUUAAUAAAGAGCUUAUACGGACUCUAUCCUUUUCAGAGCAUGAAACUUUUGACCACCCAGUGGCAUGUCUUUUAGUUGUGUCAUCAAAGGAUGAACAACCUGUCAACAGAUUUGUUGAUCUUUUCAACACAGAUCAGUUGCCCUCUCUUCUGAAUGAUGGCGCCAUGGAUCCAAAGAUAUUGAAACAUUAUCUGUUACUGCAUGAUAACCAAGAUGGCACUCCAGAAAAAGCGGCCAACAUUUUAGCAGAAAUGAAGACCACUUUUGGCUCAAAUGACUGCAAAUUGUUGUGCAUCAAUUCUGCUCAAGGUGUGGGUGAUAGGAGAGAUAUUUCAUGGGUACCUUAUAAAACUCAUGCCUCGCUUAGCCGUGAAAUUGCUCGUUUCCUUGACGUUGAUGAUCUUAAUGGGAUAAGGGAUUUCAUGCUAGACCUUGCUUCUAAUCAUAUCAUUCCACAUAUGGAGCAAAAGAUACGGAUUCUCAAUCAGCAGGUUUCUGCAACUAGGAAGGGCUUUAGAAAUCAAAUUAAAAACUUGUGGUGGAGAAAAGGAAAAGAAGAUACACCUGAAGCUCCUAAUGGCCCUACGUAUACAUUUAGCUCUACUGAGUCACAAAUUAGAGUCUUGGGUGAUUAUGCCUUCAUGUUGCGAGACUAUGAACUUGCCUUGUCAAAUUUCCGAUUACUUUCUACCGAUUACAAGCUUGAUAAAGCCUGGAAACACUAUGCAGGCGUGCAGGAAAUGAGUGGGCUUUCCUACUUUAUGUUGGAUCAAUCAAGAAAGGAAUCCGAGUAUUGCAUGGAAAAUGCUUUUACUACAUAUUUGAAAAUGGGAUCUUCUGGGCAAAGAAAUGCAACAAGAUGUGGGCUAUGGUGGGCAGAAAUGCUCAAGGCCAGAGGCCAAUUUAAGGAGGCAGCCAGUGUAUAUUUCCGCAUUUCUAAUGAGGAGCCUUGUUUGCAUGCAGCUGUAAUGCUUGAGCAGGCCUCAUAUUGCUAUUUGCUUUCCAAUCCACCAUUAUUACGCAAAUACGGAUUUCAUCUUAUUCUGGCUGGUAAUCGUUACUAUAUCUCUGAACAGAGACAACAUGCAAUUCGAGCAUACAGAAAUGCACUCUGUGUGUACAAAGGAAAUGCUUGGACUUAUAUCACUAAUCAUGUCCAUUUUAAUAUUGGAAGGUGGUACGCUUUUCUUGGAAUGUUUGACAUUGCAAUCAAGCACAUGCUGGAGGUUCUCGCAUGCAGCCAUCAGUCCUUGGCAACACAAACUAUAUUUCUUAAUGACUUUUUUCGUGUUGUUCAGAGUAUGGGCAAGAUAUUUGAGGUAUACAAGCUUCAACUUCCUGUUAUCAACAUGGCCUCACUCAAAGUUUUUUAUGAAGAUACUCGGACUUACGCAUCAUCUGCAGAUGUCCAAGUGAGCGAAAGCAUGUGGCAAGCUUUGGAGGAAGAAAUGGUUCCUUCAAUAUCCACUGUCAGAUCUAACUGGCUAGAUAAACAGCCAAAAACUUCCCCGUUGAAAAAAGACAAUAGCUCUUGUGUUUGUGUGGCAGGAGAAGCAAUAAAACUGGAUCUUGAGUUCAAAAACCCUCUUCAGAUUUCAAUUUCUGUUUCUGGCGUUUCUCUUAUAUGCGAACUCUCUGCAGAAUCUGGGGCAACAAAUUUUGGUAAUAGUGCAACAGAAACGGCCCUUCAGGAGGAUGCAGAAUUCACAGAGCCUCCUAGUUGUAGGGAUCCUAGUGAUGACUCGUCCUUAAUGUUAUCAAAAUUUGAUUUUGUUCUUAAAGGAGGCGAGACUAAAAAGAUACAACUAAAAGUUACUCCACGAGUCGAAGGUAUACUGAAAAUAGUUGGAGUGAGGUGGACAUUAUCAGAUUCAGUCGUAGGUUAUCAGUACUUUGAGUUUGAUACAAAGAAAAACAAGAAAGGGAGAAAGGGAGCUAGGCAUUCUUUGCAGAGGAACCUGAAUUUUAUUGUGAUCAAGGGUCUACCCAAACUCGAGGGAUGUAUUCAUCACCUACCAAAAAAUGUAUUUACAGGUGAUUUACGACUUCUCAUGCUGGAACUGAGAAACCAGUCAGAAUAUUCCGUGAAGAACAUGAAAAUGAAGAUUAGUCACGCAAGGUUCUUGAUUCCUGGGAGCUCAGCAGACCUAAACCUGGAUUUUCCUCGGUGUCUAGAAAAGCAGAUAAGUUCUGCGAGCAAUGAUGUACCAGAAAAUAUAAUGGAGAAGUCCAGGAGCCUUUUGUUUUCAUUUCCCAAUGAUGCUAGUAUUCAAGGGGGGACAACAUUUAUGUGGCCUCUUUGGUUUCAUGCUGGACUCUGUGGGAGCAUUUCCUUCUAUGUAUCAGUGUAUUAUGAGAUGGAAAAUUCUACCGACAUGACUUAUCGCACACUGCGCAUGCAUUAUAAUUUGGAGGUACUGCCAUCAUUAGAUGUAUCAUUCCUGAUCAGUCCUUGCCCAUCAAGGUUGCAGGAGUUUCUUGUGCGCAUGGACAUUGUGAACAGGACAAGUUCAGAGACAUUCUGUCUUAAUCAGCUGUCAUGUGUUGGUGAUCAGUGGGAAAUAUCAGCACUGCCAGCAUGUGUUUCUGUCUGCCCAACACAAAGUUUAUCUGCUGGUCAGGCAUUAUCAUGCUUCUUUAAGCUAAAGGAUUGUAGAAGAACAAAUAAAGAAAGAAAUCUUAGUGUCCAAGGAAGUGAUGUACUACUGGGUUCUCAGGGAAGCAAUAAAGUUUUAAUUGAUAUAUCCAGGUCACCUUUGGUUGAUUUUCACCACCAUGAAAGAUAUCACCAGGGGAAGUUGGUGCAGGGAAGUCCAAGCAUUGUUGACUUCAUCCUAAUCUCGAGGACCCUAGGAGGUAAUCCAGACAUUGUGCCGGAAGCAUCAUCACAGCUUUUGUCCAGUCAUGCAUGUCAUUGCAGUAUCACCAGCAAGAGCCCAAUAUGGUGGCUAAUGGAUGGGCUCCGAAUGAUUUAUCAUGAUUUCUCCACUUCUUUCUGCGAAGCUAGUUUCUGUGUAACCAUCCACAAUUGUUCCGAAACCAGUGUGUCCAUCAGGCUCGCAACCUUUGAUAGCCUGCCAGCAAUAGACCAAAUUAGUGAUGCUGUUCAGUCUUCUGAUCUUUCUGGAAAUCAAGGAGGAUGGCAUGAUGUAUCUCUGGUGGAUGAAAUUAAGGUAAUCUCCAACGUUCAAGCAAGCCAUCCACGGAAGCCAUUAUCUGAAAGCAUCUCUCCCUAUGUUUGGUGUGGGGCAAGCUCUACUCAGCUUAUACUGGAGCCAGGAUGCACUGCUGAAGUUCCUCUUAGGAUCUGCAUAUUUACGCCUGGGACAUAUGAUUUAUCAAAUUAUGAAUUGCAUUGGAAGCUACAACCUUCCGAGGAAAGACUUGGUAAUGAUGUAAAAAGAUGGUCUUCUGGUACAAGUCGAGGACAUCCUUUCUACCUUACUGCACUGCAGUGCCCUAGUUGAAAUAUCUCGAGCUGCUGCAAGUGUUGUACCUUCUGUUUCGUUCCAGCCUGAAGAUUCUUUUGGUCCACAUGAUGCCCUUGAAAGAUUUACCCUGAUCAUGGAGGAGUUUGUUUAUCCUUAUUGUCAAAUGAUAACCUAGCAUCCACUACUUCUGAUCUUAGAUUGGGCAAUUAUAUUUAAUAAAAGUUUUCAGUUCUCAUUUUGUUAGAUUUAAGGAGAGUUUUGAUCCUUUUGUCGUCAGACCGGUGAAUGAUAUGGGGCAGCACAAAUACCUGCCCCUAAACUUAUGCUUUACCAAAGUUGGAUAUUGAUCUGUGCUUGACUUGUGUUUAGAAGUAUUUUGCUUAUGCAAUUAAUCCUCAUUCAUCAAUCAUCAUGGUAUUUCGUUUUU